UGAAAGCUGUAUAUUUUUAAUUGUUCCCCUUUCGUUGACAAACGAAUAAAUGCUCCUUAUUGUAUAUCCCUAAGAUCUUUGUUUUUCUCUUUCUUUCUCUUUUUUCUCUUAUGCUGUUAUCGAAAGACUUUUUAAUCAUCGCACUGUGUUGUUUAUUAUUAUUCUCAACCACACUGGCUGACGACUCAUUGAUUAAAAUAAAAAGCCCCUCUCUGGAUCAGACACUUGUUCCUGGAAAACCAAUCAAUAUAGAGUACAUUAUCAAUGCUCAAAAAAAGAAUGCACCUCCUCCUAAUUAUCCUUCUUCUAUGGAUGUUUAUUUUCAUUGGAAAGGAGACUCAAAGGAGUUAGAAUUUAAGGCGGUUAGUGGAUUGGUGACACAGGCCAUAGCUAAUGGUGCUGAAAGCAAGACAUAUCGUCGCACGAUGAAACUGCCCAACUGCCAUUUCUUUAAACGAUACUUGCCAUCAGAAUGGUCUUUUACUCUUGUGUUUCAACCAAACUAUCCAGAAUCUAUUGAUCCAAUAGGACCUAAACAAGCUAACAUUGUUAUUCCUGUUCGCAUCAAUACUACAGCCACAGACGAUCCUCAUCAUAACAACAGAGGGUGUUGAUACUAGUAUAUUUGUAUACAUACAACAAUAAAACCAUUUGAAACUGUUUCAUGGAAAGCAUGCCAUGUAAAAGAAUAUCUAAAGGGCUGUGGGUCGAAUCGGAACGAUACCUAAGUUAUGCUAUUUGUUAUUGUUCGCAACAUUUUGGUUUGUCAAGAUAACUCCGUGGUUGAAACAUAUUUGUUUAGACAAAAGAAUUAGUGUCUAUCUUUGAGGAUAGGCUUAGCUUAUGGUAAACUCGAUUUGACAGAAUCAGCCGUCAGAAUGUGUUUUUUAAAAGCUAUUUCAACUUUCGGUGAAAAAGGCAAUUCAACAUGACAAUCCUUAUUUGGGUAAGUGGAUUCUCUCUUGGCUAAAC